GGGAGGCGGAGGCGGCGGCAGCGGCUCCUCUCCGGGGCUGAGCCGGGCUGGCGCGCCUGCCUUGCCUGCCUGCCUUCCGUGCGCUCCUCGCUCGCUCGCCCGGGGGGGAACAUGGCCGGGGUGGAGGCGCCGCCGCCGCCGCCGGGGGACCCCGGAGGAGGCGAGGCGGAGGCGGCGUCGGGGCCGGCCGACGAGUCGUCGGACAGCGAAGGCGAGCACGAGGCGCCCCAGAAGCUCAUCCGAAAGGUCUCCACGUCGGGGCAGAUCCGGAGCAAGACCAGUAUAAAGGAAGGAUUACUUCUGAAGCAAACCAGCUCUUUUCAGCGAUGGAAAAAACGUUACUUUAAGCUUCGGGGCCGAACCCUUUACUAUGCCAAGGAUUCAAAGUCUUUAAUCUUCGAUGAAGUUGACUUGUCGGAUGCCAGUGUGGCUGAAUCAAGCACAAAAAAUGUCAACAACAGCUUUACGGUAAUCACACCAUUCAGGAGAUUAAUAUUGUGUGCAGAGAACAGAAAAGAGAUGGAGGAUUGGAUCAGCUCUCUGAAGUCCGUACAGUCCCGGGAACAUUAUGAGGCUGCCCAGUUUAAUAUGGAACAUUUCUCAGGGAUGCAUAACUGGUACGCCUGUUCCCACGCUCGACCCACCUUCUGCAACGUCUGCAGAGAGAGCCUUUCUGGAGUUACUUCUCAUGGCCUAUCCUGUGAAGUGUGCAAGUUUAAGGCUCAUAAGAGAUGUGCAGUCAGAGCAAUAAACAGUUGCAAAUGGACUACUUUGACUUCAGUUGGAAAAGAUAUUAUUGAGGAUGAAGAUGGUGUAGCUAUGCCUCACCAGUGGUUAGAAGGAAAUCUUCCUGUCAGUGCCAAAUGUGCAGUUUGUGACAAGACCUGUGGCAGCGUCCUGCGACUGCAAGAUUGGAAGUGCCUUUGGUGUAAAACGAUGGUGCACACGGCAUGCAGAGAUUUGUUUCCUCGCAAGUGUCCACUUGGCCAGUGCAAAGUAUCCAUCAUUCCACCUACAGCACUGAACAGCAUAGACUCUGAUGGAUUCUGGAAAGCCACCUGCCCACCAUCUUGUGCCAGUCCUCUGUUGGUUUUUGUCAAUUCAAAGAGCGGAGACAAUCAGGGUGUAAAAUUUCUCCGACGAUUCAAGCAGUCGCUAAAUCCAGCUCAGGUGUUUGAUUUAAUGAAUGGAGGGCCUCAUCUAGGUCUACGAUUAUUUCAGAAGUUUGACAAUUUCCGAAUCCUAGUGUGUGGAGGAGAUGGAAGUGUUGGCUGGGUAUUGUCUGAAAUUGAUAAACUCAACUUACACAAACAGUGUCACUUGGGAGUGCUACCCCUGGGUACAGGAAAUGACCUUGCCCGUGUCCUUGGCUGGGGAGGGUCUUGUGAUGAUGACACACAGCUUCCUCAAAUUUUGGAGAAGUUGGAACGAGCUAGCACCAAAAUGUUAGACAGGUGGAGCAUAAUGUCUUACGAAUUGAAACUGCCAUCAAAGCAGUCCAUUCUUCCUGUUACACCGGAAGAGGAGUCUGAGGAAUGUCAGAUGUCUAUGUACGAAGAUUCAGUUGCUGCUCACCUGGCUAAGAUCCUUGAUUCUGAUCAGCACUCUGUUGUCAUAUCAUCGGCCAAGAUAUUGUGUGAAACUGUAAAAGGCUUUGUGGCUAAAAUAGGAAAGAGCUGUGACAGACCCAUGGAGAACACAGAAGCUGAUGCUAUGGCCAUUAAAUGUUCAGAGCUGAACGAGAAGCUCAACCUGUUGCUUCAGGCCCUUCAUUCUGAAGCCCAGGUUGCCCCUGUGUUGCCGCGAAGCACUUCCCCCAUUGCAGAGGAAGCAGCCGAAGAGUCAUCAAGCGAAGAGUCUCUGUCCGAUGCCAAGGAGCCGCUGACAGAGAGCAACAGAACGUCUGUCCCACACCAGAUCUUCAAGCCACGAGAACAGCUCAUGCUCAGAGCAAAUAGUCUGAAGAAGGCUCUCAGGCAAAUUAUUGAGCAAGCAGAAAAAGUUGUAGAUGAGCAGAAUGCCCAUUCGGAGGUGCAGAUAAAUCAGUCGUCGGUGAAGUAUAGUAAGGAAUUGGAUGAAUCCAAAGAAGAAGAUACAAAGGAAUCUGAAGCUCACCCAGUUAAAACUGCCCCCAAAUCUCCAGUUGGACGGAGAAGUCGCAUUCCUUCACAUGAAAGUUCUUUUUCAGCAACAACCUGCACAGCCAGCAAAGAAAACCUUCCAGUACUGAACACGAGGAUAAUUUGCCCAGGUCUAAGAGCAGGUCUGGCGGCUUCUAUUGCCGGGAGUUCUAUUAUCAGCAAAAUGUUACUAGCCAACAUUGAUCCAUUUGGUGCUACGCCGUUUAUUGAUCCUGAUCCAGAAUCACUGGAAGGAUAUUCAGAGAAGUGCGUCAUGAACAAUUAUUUUGGCAUUGGAUUAGAUGCAAAGAUUUCAUUAGAAUUUAAUAACAAACGAGAAGAACACCCUGAAAAAUGCAGAAGCAGGACAAAGAACAUGAUGUGGUAUGGUGUACUUGGUACUAAAGAAUUACUGCAACGGACCUACAAGAACUUAGAACAAAAAGUUCAGCUUGAGUGUGAUGGACAAUACAUCCCCCUCCCCAGUCUUCAAGGCAUAGCUGUUCUGAAUAUCCCAAGCUACGCUGGCGGGACUAAUUUCUGGGGCGGAACCAAGGAGGAUGAUAUAUUUGGGGCACCAUCAUUUGAUGAUAAGAUUUUGGAGGUUGUUGCGGUAUUUGGCAGCAUGCAGAUGGCCGUUUCUCGUGUUAUCAAGCUACAGCACCACAGGAUAGCCCAGUGCCGGUCGGUAAAGAUCACCAUACUUGGAGACGAAGGAGUCCCUGUGCAGGUGGAUGGAGAGGCAUGGAUCCAACCUCCAGGAAUUAUUAAAAUUGUGCAUAAAAACAGAGCACAGAUGCUAACCCGAGACAGGGCCUUUGAGAGUACGCUGAAAUCCUGGGAAGACAAACAGAAGUGUGAUUCCUGCAAACCGAUCCUGAGAUCCCCUUUGUACCCUCAACAGCCUGUGGAACUGGCCACUGAAGAGGAGACUUUGCAGAUCCAGUCGUCUUCUCAGGCCGCAGAGGAACUGAUUAGCAGAAUCUGUGAAGCUGCAAAGAUACACAGCUUGUUGGAACAAGAACUGGCUCACGCAGUAAAUGCAUGCUCUCAUGCGUUAAACAAAGCCAGUCCAAGUUUUUCGGAGAGCCUUACCAGAAACAUUGCCCUGGAAGUCGCUGUCAACAUGAAGGCUCUGCAUGAUGAAACCAAAUCCUUGCUAGUAGGAAGAGCUCCUUUGCAGUUAGAAUCCCCUCACGAAGAACUGCUCUCAACAGCUGUGCACAAUUUAGAGAGUGAAUUAAGGAAACUGGCUGAGAUUCCCUGGCUCUUGUAUGUUCUGCAAUUAAAUGACGAUGAGGAUCCUCCUUUGGAAUAUGCUAAAAGAAACAACAGAAGCACUGUAUUCCGCAUAGUGCCAAAGUUUAAAAAGGAAAAGGUUCAGAAACAAAAGACUAGCCCUCAGCUCGUUCAAAAAUGGGGCACAGAUGAAGUUGCCGCUUGGCUGGAUCUGCUCAGUUUGGGAGAGUACAAAGAAAUCUUCAUCAGCCAUGACAUCCGAGGCUCUGAGCUUUUACAUCUGGAAAGGCGAGAUCUUAAGGACCUGGGGAUCACGAAAGUGGGUCAUAUGAAGCGAAUCCUUCAGGGAAUUAAAGAACUCGGCCGGACCUUGCCUUUGACUGAAGUAUAGUUCUCUUGCUGGCCUCUGAAGAAGAAAGGCUGUUUAUGCAAAGCCGUGGAGGUUUCUGCACGGAUGUGUGGGUGUCAGUAUGUGGCGUGCGAGGGAUUGUGUUGGGGGCAUUGCUUGAAAACAGAGCCUAAUGGGAGUCCUUGGAAGGUUUUGUGGGGCCUAACGUUGCUGCGAAGUACAUUGCGAAGAGCAGCUCUUAAAAAGUCCGCUUUUGACCGAAAUCUGGCCUGGGUAGCUUAUGCGUUAUCUAGCAAAGGCCAAUCAAGAUCGGAUGGCUUUCCUUACAUAGAUGGGAUUUCUCAGUACUGCAACAAAUAACUUAAUGCAGGGAGAGCAUUAGGUUUGAAAAAUUCCUGAGGCCUGGAAACACUUGCCAAUGUGUUGGAGGGACUGAUGACCGGUGGGUUUUUCAGGCAAUGCUGAUAACCUCGGCAACCUCCCUCCUCUUCUGUCUCUGACCAAGAAAUCAGGCUGGAGCCACCAUGCUGUAUACCGUGAGUGCAAACUGUAAUGUCUGGUUUGCCCUGAACUGUCCUUUUUGUUGCAUGACACACCUGACACUUUACAGACUUGAACAACUUUUAUAUCGGUUUGGAAUACGGUUUAAUUUAUUACUAUUCUGUGUCUCGUGUUGGUUGAAGGCUUUUUUCUGACGUCGUUCGUACCCUAAACGUGCUGUGAACAUCUCUGCUAUUCUUCAGCAUGGGAUGUAUAUUAAAUAUAAUGGAGAGUCUAUGUCCUCUGGCUGCAAGUAACUUAAUAGUAUUUUUAAAAGGCUGGUACCUCACAAUAUUACGAGUUUACUCCCGAGAAACAGAAUUCUCUGAAUAUUUUCUUAUCGGCUAUAAAAUAUGCAAUGUUUAUCUCUUACAGCCUCUCUUAAGACAACUGCUAGCUUACUUUGAGUAUUUAAACUUCAAAGCAUGGCAGUAUUGUGACUCAUAGCAAGGUGGAUGUUUGCUAAUUCAGUGGUAGCAACCUGAUUAUGUUCACAGAACUAAGAUUACUUCAUAUUGAAGGCACACUUGGACCAAUUAUUUGAAUAUCAGGGCUUGAUUAUGUGUUUUUUAAUGGUAUCAGUAAAAAUUCCAGAGCAUAUCAAAUAUUCAGUUUACCAACAUGAGGCGUGUCUUUCCUGUAAAUAUUAAGCAAAUACUUCUUUUAGUUCAGAAAUUAUCCUCUUUAGAAAUACUUAAUUCCUGGGAUAUGCGUGAAGCCUGUUUAUCGGUGUAUUUGUUAAAAUGGACUAGUAAAAUGGAUUAAGAAUUGUCUGUCUUAAAAAUUCUAAUCCCUUUAUUAAAAUAAUAUAAAAUGUAUUUAUCUUUGUUUCUCAGCUGAGGCAGAGCUCUUUCAGGUGAAUGCUUAAACCUUUCACGUUAAAAAUAACCAGUGUCAAGUACUAGGUCCUAAAUUGACUGGUGUGAUAUAAUUAAAGAUUGUCCAACAAUGAAGAACAUAAAGACAGUACCUAAUAGAAGACAAAAUAUCUAUUCUGAUACAUGUCAUGAUUUCCCCUUCUGCUUAAGUGGCAGUAAACAACAAUGGGGAAUCCUGAGCGAUGCUACAAUUGAACGUGAUCCAUCAUAGCUUCUGAAAGAAAUUUGAUCAGCUCAGAUAGCAACUAUUGCUCAUCAGAAUUAUGGUAGCAUUUUAUCACUCCAAAUAAGUUGGACUUUCUACCAAGCUUAGGUGGAGCUCCACAAAAACAGCGUUCAGCAUCCAGUUUUCAAAAUGAUGUUGUGCUUUUGUGCUAACAGUGUAUGGACAAAUUCUUUGUUGCGUAUACUUUUAAAAGGAGAAGUACUUGAAGCAUCCUUUUAUAUUAAGAUGAAACUUGUUAUUUCUUCAUUGUUGUGAAAUUUUAGCUAUUUUUUAAAAUAAACCGUAUAGCUCAAAAGUACAGACACUAACAAUUUUCUAGUUUUACGGUGGUCAACGUAAGAUUCACCAUUAAUGUUAUUUACUGAAUUACGAUAACUUACAGCAGGAAUUUGUUUACUUUUCCAAUGACAGCACUGGUUCUCUCAAACUUUGUCUUACCUGCCCACAAAGGCACGUAAGGGAUUAAAUGUGAACUCUUAGCAUAGAUGCCCUUGAAGUUAGCCAGCCUAUUUGGCAGAGAUCCACAACUCUGACAUUACUACAUCUUUUUAUAGUUUCACCGGUUUCUUUAUUUUAGACUCUUAAAAGACGACAACAUUUUCAGCAUGUGAUUACAAUUACAAUGGUAGAUUUCUAACACAGAAAUUUUUCUAGGCUUUUUAUAUUGGCUCUGCUCCAAAGAUCUCUGUGGGAACUUUGAUGUCCACACAGACUAACACAUGAAAAGGCUUUCUUUAUUCACUUUAACUAUGGGAAGCAGCGUCAGUGUCAUGUGAUGGAUACAGAGGGAGAGCAGUCUUUGCUAAUGAAGUGAAUUAAUUACCACCUGAAUAGGAAGGAAGUCUGUAAAGCCUAGAUGAAAAUUAUAUAAAACCUUGGCUAACUAUCACAUACCAAAGAUGAAAUCUUGUGAAACAGGGUGACUAUCGCCAAUACUAAAUAUUACCCUUAAGGACGUAGAGUUAGGAGGACAUUGUAGACACAUGCAUAGUAAAAGAGAGUUAUGGAAAGAAAGAUGGUUUGCAAAGUGAAAUGUCUGAUGUAUUGAUGAAGCUUUAUGGAGCAGAAACUGAUGUGCAUUGUUUCCUCAACAUCUGUACCAAUUGUCAGAUAGUAUUGCUGCCUAUAAGGACAUUCUGAUUUAGAACUAAUCUGUUGUAACAUUAUUUGCUCAAAAUGUUGCAUCUAUUGCCUUUAAAAUGUACAAUGCCUUCUUUUGAUUCUGAGCAAAAGUGAAACGCAAAUUUUCAACAGUAUCUGAAAGGGUUACAUAGAAACACCACAUAGAGAGGAAAGGUUUAGUUAUGAUCAAUCUGGUCAUGACAAUUUGGUUAUAAUAACCCCCAUGCCUUCUGGAUGGAACAUCAAUAUACAAUUUUAGGGAAGCAAAGAAUGCAUGGGCAUUGAAUACAGAAAGGUAUUUAAUUUUUUUUUUUAAAAAAAUGAAUGUUCAAUACAGUACCGUAGUUUUCGCUCCAUAACACGCGUUUUUU